CCGAGGAGAGGCCCAGCGGUGGCGGAUGUGAGCCCAGCACGGAUUGCUUCCACAGGUGGUGGCGGGAAUCGCAAAGGCAAGAGCAAGAAAUGGCGCCAGAUGCUGCAGUUCCCCCACAUCAGCCAGUGCGAGGAGCUGCGGCUCAGCCUCGAGCGUGACUACCACAGCCUGUGUGAGCGGCAGCCCAUCGGGCGCCUGCUGUUCCGCGAGUUCUGUGCCACGAGGCCCGAGCUGACCCGCUGCGUCGCCUUCCUGGAUGGGGUGGCCGAGUACGAGGUGACCCCUGAUGAGAAACGGAAGGCCUGUGGGCGGCGCCUCAUGCAGAAUUUUCUGAGCCACACGGGUCCUGACCUCAUCCCUGAGGUCCCCCGGCAGCUGGUGACUAACUGCGCCCAGCGGCUGGAGCAGGGGCCCUGCAAAGACCUCUUCCAGGAGCUCACCCGGCUGACCCACGAGUACCUGAGUGUGGCCCCUUUCGCCGACUACCUCGACAGCAUCUACUUCAACCGUUUCCUGCAGUGGAAGUGGCUGGAAAGGCAGCCAGUGACCAAAAAUACCUUCAGACAAUACCGAGUCCUGGGCAAAGGAGGCUUUGGGGAGGUGUGUGCCUGCCAGGUGCGGGCCACAGGCAAGAUGUACGCUUGCAAGAAGCUGGAGAAGAAGCGGAUCAAGAAGCGGAAAGGGGAGGCCAUGGCGCUCAAUGAGAAGCAGAUCCUGGAGAAAGUGAACAGUAGGUUUGUAGUGAGCUUGGCCUAUGCCUACGAGACCAAGGACGCGCUGUGCCUCGUGCUGACGCUGAUGAACGGGGGCGACCUCAAGUUCCACAUCUACCACAUGGGCCAGGCCGGCUUCCCCGAGGCUCGGGCCGUCUUCUACGCUGCCGAGAUCUGCUGUGGCCUGGAGGACCUGCACCGGGAACGCAUUGUGUACAGGGACCUGAAGCCGGAGAACAUCCUGCUGGACGACCACGGCCACAUUCGUAUCUCAGACCUGGGACUGGCUGUACACGUGCCUGAGGGCCAGACCAUCAAGGGCCGCGUGGGCACUGUGGGCUACAUGGCUCCCGAGGUGGUGAAGAACGAGCGCUACACAUUCAGCCCCGACUGGUGGGCCCUGGGCUGCCUCCUGUACGAGAUGAUCGCGGGCCAGUCGCCCUUCCAGCAGAGGAGGAAGAAGAUCAAGCGGGAGGAGGUGGAGCGGCUGGUGAGGGAGGUGCCGGAGGAGUACUCUGAGCGCUUCUCCUCGCAGGCCCGCUCGCUCUGCUCCCAGCUCCUCUGCAAGGACCCUGCCGAGCGCCUGGGGUGUCGUGGGGGCAGUGCCCGAGAGGUGAAGGAGCACCCCCUCUUUAAGAAGCUGAACUUCAAGCGGCUGGGAGCGGGCAUGCUGGAGCCGCCCUUUAAGCCUGAUCCCCAGGCCAUUUACUGCAAGGACGUCCUGGACAUCGAGCAGUUCUCCACGGUCAAGGGUGUGGAGCUGGAGCCCGCCGACCAGGACUUCUACCAGAAGUUUGCCACGGGCAGCGUGCCCAUUCCCUGGCAGAAUGAGAUGGUGGAGACUGAGUGCUUCCAGGAGCUGAAUGUCUUUGGGCUGGAUGGCUCUGUGCCCCCAGACCUGGACUGGAAAGGCCAGCCUCCUGCGCCCCCCAAGAAGGGACUGCUGCAGAGACUCUUCAGCCGCCAGGAUUGCUGUGGGAACUGCAGCGACAGUGAGGAGGAGCUCCCCACCCGCCUCGAGCUCCCCACCCGCCUCGAGCUCCCCACCCGCCUCUAGCCCCCAGACUGAGGCCCCCAUCGGCGGCUGGCGGUAGCAGCUACUCCGAGUGCUGUUUACAGUUUUGCACAGUGGUCUUCCCCUUUGUCCGCCCCAGUCGUGGCCUGGGGGACACAGCUGGAACUGUCCCCAGUGCCCCAGGGUCCUCCACCCCUCAGCUCCUGCCCGGCUGAGUUGGGCAGGGCCUGGGCCAUUCUGGGACAAAGGUGCGUCCCUCCAGCUCCUCCCGGAGCUCGAGGCUUUCUGUAUAUUUAUGUAUUUGUACGAAUGUAUAUAGCGGCCAGAGCGUCAACGCCCACCCAGACCUGGCACAGCCUCAGCUUCCUGGGGCAGCUGCCCUGGCUAGGCAAGACUGGAGCUGGAGAGGGGCCUCUGCCAAACCCAGGGCUUCUCGGGCGUGGCUCGGGUGGGCCGAAGCUGGGCCGGGCAGACCCCAAAGCCCCCAGCCUGGUGCAGGCUACCACCGGCCUCUGAGAGACUCGUGCCUGCCCCUGCACUGUGGGCUCCGCUGCCACCUGGGCCGAUGCUGUCCCUUCACCAUGCUUAUCAGGGCUGGAUCUGGGGUUUCUGCGACCCCUAGGCCUGUGCCAAAAUGUGGCCAGAGAUCGGGCUGACCGUGGGACCCAUCGGUCCACUGCCCAGGCUGUCCCCGACGGGUCCGCCUCUGCCUUUCAGCUCCCAGGACACCUUGCCCCAUGUGCCGGGCCCUCCUGAAGACACCGCUUUCCAAAAUGCCUCAGCCCAGGCCACAUGGCCAACCCUCAGACAUUCCAGUCUCCCCUGACAGUAGACACACGUGCCCAGCAAUAAUCUGCCCCUCCACGUGUGUGCCUGCAGGGUGUGUGUGCGUGUGUGUGCAUCUGCGUGUGUGAAGGGGGUCGGUGAGGCUGUCCCAGCCCUGCCCUUCUCAGACUGAUGGCCAUCCUGGGCCGGUGGUAGAGUUGCGUGGGAUUGCAGGGCCCUGGUUUUCCAUAUUUAAAGCCAGUUUUUAUUACUCAUGUUGUCCAGUGUAAGCUGCCACGUGUCUGUGAAUACAGCCCGAGCACAAACCCAG